GAACUACCGAAAUUUCAAUGUCAAGGUUAGUCCUAGUCAUGUGUCUGGUAUGGAUAGUAAACCAGGCUAUGAUUCAGAUGACGAAUUCUUCGAUUGCCAGUCAGAGGCUUGUUUUUAUGCUGUGGCUUCUCCUUUGAGUAAAGGUCAAGGUGAAGUUUUUGUGGAUCCUAAGAGGGCUUAUUUAAAGUUACGUGGUAUCACGGGUGCUAGGCUUAAGUUAUUUGCUAACCAUGUGGAUGCCAACAAGUUUGCGAAUACUCCAGUUGACGAAGAAAACCUCUCCAACCCCUACCCUCCAUCACCCAAAGCUGAUGUUGAAAGCAGUCCAUACCCCAGUGCUAGUCAACAAACCCUAAUUCGUUUUCGAUCAAUGUUAGAUAGUGGGAACGUUGAUGUCGUUAAACAAAUGGUAGACGAGAACCCGAUGAUUUUAGUAACGACUAGUGACACACCCACAAUAUUGCAAAUACGCUUUCGAUAUAAUGCAUUACAUGUGGUUGCUUCGAAAGGCAACGUCAACCUACUUCAGUUUCUUCUAAAUUGUAUUGAUUCUGAUAAAUUUUGGGAACGUCUGUAUCCAGGUGCAUCUAAAGAAGCGUCUUAUUGGCGUCAACAGUAUGUUCUAGACCUGUAUUUGAAUAGUCCUGAGCUUGGAAACUUUGAAACUCCCCUACAUUUCGCUAGUAAAUAUGGACAUAUUGAAUGUGUUUCCAUGCUUGCACGUCAUCCAUUAACAAAGCUCGACCCUCGUAACUUUGCAGGUCAUACGCCUGUAGAUUUGGCUGCUACUCGUUUGACCAGUCAAGAGAAAAUCCCCCAUUCGGAUUUCGAUUGUCCCACUAACAUUGUUAAUAGAAUUCUACAGAUUUUUGAUGAGAGUUACAUUGUAUUAGCAGAUGUGGAGAUUUCAGAACCAGCUAUAAUAAAGACUAGGAUAUUAGCACCCUUGAACACGCGUGAAUUUCAAACGAUGUUAGGGUUGUAUGCACGGAAUUCGUGUAAAACAUUUAAAAAUGCAACCCAUGUGAAACCAUUUCCUACACAAAACAAUCAAUAUUAUUUCUUCAGGAGUUCGGUGGAGAAUGGGGAUUGUCUCAAAGUUAAGAUUAAUGGCAAUGUUCACCGGUUACGAGGCUUCUCAGGACCAAUGCCGAGUGAUGCAGCUGUUGAAUUUCGAAAAAAAUGGCUUCAAUACAAUGCACCAAAUGCUGUUGACUACAAAUCUUUUUCACAUCUUCGUCUAAUUGAUUCGGAAAAAGGAUAUGAACGCCAAGGACGGUAUUUAUCACGUGUUUUCGGGACAAGUUGGUAUGAAUAUUGGGAAUUUUUGGAUGAUUACAUUGACUUAAGCUCUGAAGAUGGUUUGCUAGCUUUAGAAGAUUAUCUGUCUAAUUGUUCAUCACUGAACAUUGAUCAUCCAUUAAAAGAAACUACCAGUAAUGGGGAUUGCUUAGACAACAGUAAUAUUGAAGGUAGUACUCUAGCAAAUGUUUUGCAAGAUGUCAGUCAGACCGGCUGUACGCUCUCUUCAACAUUUUCACUUUUCAAUGAUAACAAUAACGAUGUAUUCGCUCCUGCAACACCUAUUAUCCGUGGAAAAUUAGUUCCUAAAAGCAACUCAACAAUUAACAGAGAAUUAUUUGCGUCAUCUAACCCUCAACGUUGGCUAUCUUAUCGUCAAGAUAAAGGUUGUAUUCAUGGAUUAAAUGAUAGUUUGGAAAAUAGCUCAGAGCAAACAAACUCAAAUGUUCAUUCUCAUGAGGAAAUGUCCGGUGAAAGAGACUUAUUAGACAAAUCUGUUGUUGUCAGUCCCAUUGUACAACUUCUGAAGCGUUUGACGUUUGUAAGUCCAAUGCGUUGGUUAAGAGCAGUUAAUCAAGUAGACGGAGAUGGCCAGAAGUCUUUAACGACAGACAACAUAAUCCCAAUUAGUGAUGCCAAUUCUACUACCAAUAAACUUGUUGGUUAUGUGUCUGAACUGAAAUUUUCAAACAAACGCAGAAUAUCGGCAUCAAGCAUUCAGAGCUUAGAUUCACCUUUAGAAAAGCCUGGUGGCAAGAAACACUCGCCCGGUAAAACAGAAACUAAACCAACAUCUGAAUUAACAACAAAACAAUUACCACACUACUUCACUAAUAUCUACAAAGCGUUGCCUGGAAAUGACGACGAGCUAAAAUAUUUUAACCCGCUUGAGUUGCCACUUCAAAAAUCUACACCAUCUCUUGUACUAUCCACGUCAAACAAUUCUAAAUUUAUAAAAUGUAUUCAAUUAACUGAAUACGUUCAAUCUUUUUUAAAUAAGUCCUCAUAAAUAUUUAGCUGAUAAUAAACAAGAGUAAAAAGAUAACUAUGUGUACAAUAUAUUUUUCUUAAAGCUUAUGUUUUCUAUGUACAUUUCGCAAUCUGAUGCUUUAUAUAUUCAUACAUAUAUAUCUUACAUGUUUUUUUGUCAAUUCCGAUUAAUUCUUAGGAGGAAAAAUGCUUCAUACGAAUGAAAUAUCAAAUGUGUUCUCACACGCCAAACAAGGUCAAACAAAAAAAGCAUCACUUCAUGCAAUAUACUGUUACGAGUCAUCAAUUAUUACUUGUGCGAUGCUAAAAUACUGGGAGUUUUCUUUCACAAAGUACUGUUCCUUUAAUACGAAAAAGCAUAAGAAACAACCAUAAUAUUAAAGUUGCAUUUAAGAACAAAAAAUUUCGUAUAAAAUAGAUUGCUCGUUUUGACAAGCAAAAUGAGUCACUCUAGAAACGGAUAAUUUAUUCAUCAGCAACUGUUCAGUUCAUCCAGAGAAAACUGGCUAAAUGUUAAGCUUACUUUUGUACCGCAGGGAAAACAAUCUGUACUGUCAAUGGUUAAGUUAAUAUAACGAGAGUGCGGGUCUGCUUCAGCUUUGUUGUAUGCUACUACUGCAUAGUCAGCCUAUGGAAUACGGUUUAUUUACCAUUUGAAAACUCAACAGUUCUUUCUGUUGAUCUGUUUAUACACCACCGUAGCGCUGCAAAAUGCAUUUUCGAUAUAUCUUUUGGUGAUCAGUACUCAUUCCUGAGGAACAGAAAUUCAUGUAACUAUUUAAGGUGACAACUAAUUUCCAGGUUCUCAUACUACAAUUAGCGCUAAGUUACAAGACGUAUGGUAAUGCAUACGUAGAUCUAAGAUACUUUGAUGCGCGUUACAACCUGCUUAGGUCAGUAAACUAUUGGGUGUAGGCAACUAUUUAUGCCACAUACCUUGAUGACCUUACUUUUAUUGGUAACUACGACCACUCUCUUAAUACCCAGACACUAAUCCCAAGAAAACACAGUUCACUAUUUCUGCCCACAAAAUCUUGACAUAAAUACACUGGUAACCAACACGUGGAAAGAAUGACCAAACUAACGAUACUAUAUAUUGUUGGUGCACUACAUUUUUGUGUUUUGUUGUGAAGCGAUUAAAAACCCUCCGAAAGGUGUUUAGGUGUAUUUUUAAGUGAGUUGACCGAUGGGCACUACUAGCUAAUUGAUCCUAGAAUGUCAUUUGAUGCAAACAAUCAUUAUCCACAUGAUGAAGGUUUGCUUUAAGACUUCCAGUAGCGUCAUCCAGUCUGUUUUGGAGAUGGAAAGGAUGUUAAGUCUCAAACCAUUUUCUGACCCUUUCUAACUGUAACAUUUAAUCUUGGUAUUGCCUGACCUCUCUUAUAAUGGCUUGAGGAUUUCCUAGUAGGUCGCAGAUAGAAAGUAAGAAUAAAUCCCAAGUUCUCUACCUGGAGACCAGUACUUGGUGGAGUAACUCAAAGUUCUGUCCCAGUUCCUUUACUUUUUAUACCGUAUUUAAAUGAUCUUUUAAGUAUAGUACAGUCCCCAAUGUUAUUAUACGCUGACGAUGUAAAAGUCUGGCGAGAAGCAACGGGAGACGCAGAUGCAAGCGCACUUAGGGCAGACUUAAAUAAUAUGACUAACUGGUCUGGAGAGUGGCUGACGCCUAUCAAUGCGGAAAAGUGUGUCUACAUACACUUUUGAGAUGCAGAGCCUAAUACGUACGGCAUAGGGAAGUGCCUGUACCCGUCGUUCCAUCUCAUAAGGAUCUUGGGGUGAGAGUGAGUCAUAAUCUUAAGACCAAUGCCCAUUGCCGGAGGUCGCAGCUAAGGGGUUUAGAAUCCUCUGGGUCUUAAUACGGACAUUCACUAAUUUAGCUACGACCAUGUUCACUACAGUAUACACAACCUUAGUGAGGACUAAGCUUGAGAACUGUGUCAAGGCUGCAAGCUUCUGUUUAAAAGAUGACUCGGAUAUCUUGGUAAAAGUACAGAGGGUAGCUACCCGUGCAAUUCCAGAACUCCGGGACUUACUAUACAAAGAAAGGCUUGAAAAGCUAGACCUCUUUGCUCUGUCGUGUCUCAGACUAAAAUAUGAUCUAAUUUUGGUGUGUAGAAUACUAAAAAUAAUUUUGGACCCAGUAUACUCUUUAUUUUCACUAGACCGGGACAUCUUAGAGAACAUUGCAGGAGGGUAGGGAAGCCAAGAACGAACAAAAUACCCGUCACAUACAUGUUUUUACACUGAGUCAUCAAUUCUUGGAAGCUGUUUACCGGUGAAGCGGUGUUUGCACAUUCAAGAAAAGACAGGACACUCAUAGAAGCAUACUAGAAAAGCAAUAACAUAGGCCGUAGGAAUUGCCCAUAGUCCUCAAUCUGUCCGUAACCGUUGCGACCUCUGUUUAUUGUUAUUCCCUCUAACUAUUGUGUGUGACAAAGCAAAACAAAACUCAAUGGUAAUAAAUAAAUACAUACAAAAACACACAAUAGUGUCGUCAAUGCCGUAACGCGCUCAUUAAAUUUCAGUAUCCUAUAUCGUCAAAGAGACUGGGACCGGUCAUGAGUUUAGGCGGGUGAAUUUACCCUCAAC